GGAUAGGCUUGGAAUAACAAAAAAAUGACUCUUGGUGAAAAACAUAAUGGAAACGUAUCGUACCUGACAAAGAAUCGAGAUAUCAACCUAGCACAAACCAUUGAUAUACAACAACAGAACAAUCAACAGCAAACAGAUACAAUGGCAUCGGCUACAGCAAACGAGAAGAAUAGUGUUAUAAAUAAACAUGCAGCAGCUUCAGGCGUUGUAACAAUCUUUUCAAAACAGAGUGAAGCUAUUAUCUCAUUUCUUCGGGCUGCCCGGAGUGGUGAUUUGGGAAAAGUAUUAGAGUUUUUGGAAUCAGCGCAAAUCACAGAUAUCAACGCUUGUAACGCUAGUUUCCGUCACAGAGAACAAGGAGAGAAUUCAGUUUUGUGA